UAAAAGUUGUUGUCAGAGAUGGGGAGGCUCUUAUUUCAACAGGGAGCGCAUUCCAAAGUCCGCAGCAACAGAGAAGGCCCGUUCCUGAGUAGCUGCCAAAUGAGUUGGCGGCAACUGCAGACGAACCUCUCCAGAUGAUCUUAGCAGGUGGUGGGGAUCAUGGGGAAGAAGACGUUCUCUUAAAUGAAUCUUUACAGGAGGAAGUAGGGAGAAUACUGUGUGGCACGUAAGAAUGCUUCCUCCUCUCUUUCUUGCGUGUUGUUCUUGAGCCGGCAAUAUUUCUACUGUGGGUGACCAGAUGCAGAGAUGUGGAAAGAACAUAACAGCAGCCCUGCUGGAUCAGGCCCAAAGCCCAUCUAGUUCAGCAUCCUGUUUCACCCAGUGGGCCACCAGAUACCCCCAAGAAGCCCACAGGCAAGAGCUCUUCCUGGAUGAUGCCAAAGUCAAGAACUUCAUCACCUGUUUCAAAGACAAGCAGUUCCUGGCAUUCUUCUUCAAGCAACUCAAGCUGAACCAGAGCGGGCGCUACCAAGACUCCUUCCCUUACCUCUCGCCCUGUGGCCGGGAGCACAACUACCUCCGCUGUGACGACCGGCCCAUCGUCUUCACCCACCUCCUGCAGGGAGCUGCCGGGGAAGAGGUGCUGUCCUACUGCGGUGGCGCUGAGCGGCUGGUUGUCCCCUUCCAGCCCGAGAAGCUGGUGAUGCUGCCUGAGAAUGGACGUGUCUACCACCCAGGCCCUGCGAAAGCCGGCGGCGUGGGGCUGGUGAAAUCCGCACUGGCCUUCGAGCUGAGCCCCUGCUUUGAAUACGAGCUGGGACCCACCCACCCACCCACCCAUUUCUGCUGGCGGGACAAACGCCACACCCUCACCAAUGAACUGCUACAGUGUAUCCAAGACAAGGACGAGGGAGCCUAGAACCAAGGCUGGGAAUAGUUGAGUUGGCCAACCUGUUGGCUUAAUUAUAGGGGAACCACGGUAGCUGGUCUCCAAAGCAGGGGUGGGCAAACCUGGCCCUUCAGCUGUUGUUGAACUACGAUGCCCAUCAUUCCCGGCCACAAAUUUAUUGUGGUUGGAGAUGAUGGGAAUUGUAGUUCAACAACAUCUGGAGGGCCAAGUUUGCCCACCCCGGAUCAAAAGCUACUCUUCCCAUAAUUCUAUGUGCCUUGUUCAUCCAAGAAGCCAGUCUGGCAAAGAAGUGGGAAAGUGGCCCAUGAACAGCCACCUUCUUGCAAAUGAUCACUGACAGAGUCUCUUUGAAUAAAAUUGCUCUAUGUCUGGC